AUGCCCGUGGGCACGGACGUGGGCGCGGGCGACGGCGGAGUCGUCGGCGUCGGGCUCGGAGGAGUGCUGGGUACAGGCGAAGGCUGUGAGCUCGGCGGCGUCGUAGGAGUAGGAGACGGUGGCGUCGUCGGCACCGGCGAGGGCGCUGGCGAGGGAACUGCCGUCGGAGUGGAUGUCGGCAGCUCGGUCGGCGCGGCGAAAGGCCGUUGCGUCGGGACAGAAGUGGGCACUCCAGUGGGUAUCGACGUCGGGACCGGCGUCGGGACCGCUCGAGGAAUGGCCGUGGGAACCGAUGUCGGGACCACGGAGGGCUGA